UUUCCUGUCAUCAACAACGGCCGUCAUUGUAAGGUGAAAAAGUCUACCGAAUUUUCUACUCAAUAGACGACACAGAAAGAUGGCACAAAGGAAUCCUCAAGUUGGAAACACUGUUUUUUGGAACAACACUCCUACAGAGGGAUAAAUGACGCAAACCAGAUAUUUGAAGACGUUAUGAAGAAGAUAGAAGCGGAUGCUAAUGAGGAAACUGAUGCUUUCAGUCAGUACAUCAGGUCUUUAAUAAAAGAUCCAAAGUCCAAGAAGACCAAAGUGGGAGUGAUUGGUCGAACAGGUGUUGGGAAGAGCUACCUGAUAAACACCAUCCUGGGAGAGAAAGUGCUGCCCUCAGGAUCAGAAUUAGCCUGCACCUCUGUGAUCAUUCAAGUGGAGGCCAACGACCCACAAAAGACCGACUUCACUGCAGAGAUCAAGUUAAUCUCAAAACAGGACUGGGAACACGAGUUGGAGAUCUUGCGACAAAUCCUAGAUAAGGGCACCCGUGAAUACGAAGAGUCAGACGUGAAAAGUGCACGUGAUAAGAUCAAAGCUGUUUAUGGUCAAGAUGGAGUAAACAAAACAUUGGAGGAACUAAAGUCUGUGGUCAUCCCAGAUUUGGUAGACAAAACUGAGAAUGGUCCAACAGCCGAAGAGCUGGAGAGAGCAAUCCGCCGCUAUGUAAAAUCAGGGGAGGCAGAUUCCACACAACUGUUCUACUGGCCUCUAGUGAAGUCUGUGACUAUCAAGGUUCCCGGCCACAAUGACAUCCUAGAAAACCUGGUGUUGAUUGAUCUCCCAGGAACAGGAGACAUCAAUAAAAGCAGACGAGAGAUGGGGAAAAACUGUCGGAGAGAGUGCUCCACAAUGUGGAUCCUCAGUGAUAUCAAUCGAGCUGACUCUGAUCAGAGUUCCUGGGAUAUACUCUCAUUCCACCUGAAAGAAAUGAGAGGUGGUGAAUGCAACAGCAUCACUUACAUCUGCACAAAGACUGAUCAGAUGGAUGCAGAAGAUGCAGAUAAUUAUAUGAGCGACAACAAUCUGACAGAAAAAGGCCUGGGAAUCACCCAAGAACAGCUCACCAAGGAUGAGAAGAUCAAAAUUCGUAAAUGCAUAGAACAUAGGAAUAAGCAGUCCAAGGCAGAUGUAGAAAAUACAUUUCUUCCAAAGAUAAAGGCUCACUCCAACGAGGUGGAUUUUAAGAUUUUCACUGUCAGUUCAAAGGGAUUCCAGAAACAGGAUAAUGACUGUGUGUUAUCUGCAGAGGAUACAGAAAUCCCAGCUCUGAGGGAACUGCUACAAGAUCUCAAUGUCAGUUUCUCCAAGAAGAUGGAGGACGAGUACAUCAAGGAAGUUGGGGGGGUUCUGUCCUUGAUCCAAGGCUCAAAGUGUGAUGGACACAUUGAUGUUGAGAUUGCUAAGGAAAAACGUCAGGCUUACAGGACAUUGAACGAAAAACUAACAAAAGCCCUGACUGACUUGUGUCAAUCACUGGAAAAUAAGUACAAUGAUCUGGACCAGUGCCUCUCUAAAUUGGCAAAUGAGUCUAUGGCGGUCUCCCCAAAAGAAGCAGAAGAAAAAGUGAUAAAACCAGAGAGGCCAAACUUCCGGGGGUACCACAGAACUCUGAAAGCGCUGUGUAUGAAAGGAGGAUUUACAAUUUCAAAGGACCCUGAAAGUGGAACAGAGAUAGUCACAGAUCUUAAUGAUGUGCUUGUUUCGCACAUGAAAGUAAAUGUGGACAAAAUAUUUAAUGAUCUGUUUGACAGGAGGCGCUCAAGACAAGCUCAGUUUGUGUUAGCCCUGCUUGAGCAAUUUGACCCCAUCGGUGAAGUUAUGAAGGAAUUCACUCAUUUAAAACUCAUUCUGUUCUUUAUUAAGACUCAGCGGAAUAAGCGAAAGACAGAGCUGAAUGGACACAUUCGUCAAAUGACAAAAGAAAUCUACAACUGUCUCUCAGACACCAUAGAGUCUGUUAUGCUCCCAGUGUAUGAUAAGGCAGCAUCUGAAUCUGGAGAAGGAGCCUUCGGGAGAAUGCAGCAGGUGCUGAGAAAGGGCAUAGAGGAACACAAGGCCACCAUGUACACAGUAGCCAGGCUGAAAAUGCUGGAGAAGUUUGAUCACAUGACGAAUCAUAUUGAGAAAACACUGAGAGAAUUACAGGACAUUGUUGCUGAUGCACUUAGUCUGAGGUUCAGCUUGCCUCUCCCUGAUAUCACUGAGGAGGUGGAAAGGAUGAAAAGAGUUGUAGAGCAAAUACGUGCUUAACUCUCCAACAAUCAACAGUACUGUCAAUCAUCUUGGUUUCUGUGGAAGCCUGUAAUCCCACACAUAUAUCUUUUAUGCUUUUGGUUGUAUCUUCUAAUGCUUAAAAUGCUAAUUUUGUGACAUUGCUAAGAUUUUAAUAUUAAUUGACUAAUCAGUGUCAGUAAGGUUUUAAGGAUUUAAUUCAUAUUAAAGUAGCUAGUGGUGUUAAAAGGGCUUGCUUGAUAUUCAACAUUUAUUGAGGCAGACACAAACUGACUGUACUGUAUAAUGCUAAUGUACAGCUAAUACAUAAAGGCUAAUGUUUUAUGCGUUCUAAUACAUAAAGGCUAAUGUUUUAUGUGUUGAUACCUAUAAUGCAACUCAAAAUUGCAAUGCUAAUGUAACACAUCAAUGCCAAAUGUAAUGGAUGAAC